AUGUUGCUCUCACUUCAAAGGGCACUGCUUUGUGGUUGGAUGGCUGUGGCUUUGGACGCAGCGCUUGUCGCAGCUGUCGUGCUGCCGCAACACGGCUCGAUGGAUCUUUUCCCGAGGUCGCCUCUUUUAGGUGGCUGGCUCAAGAAAGCUACCGGUAGCGGCUCUGCGAGUGCUUCCAGCUCUGCGGGAAAGACCUUUUACAAUCCAGCUCACGAUGCUGCGCACGUCUCGAGGUGGUAUACGGAUGUGGGAAUGCUAAAGUGGGAACAGGACAGGGACAAGGGAUUCACUCGGGUCAACGGUCACCCCAGCAAGCCUCCUGACACCUCUUUUUGGACUCGGCAAAAGGCGAAAUCGGACAUGAAAUCGCUCCACAUGUACAAGAAGCAUCCGUCAGAAUCGUCUGCUUAUGCGUUCAACAAGCACACGGGAAAGUGGACCACGACUUCCGGCUGGCAGGAUGGUGUCCCGGAUCUCUUCAGCAAGAGCGUCAUGAUGGAUCAUCAGCCUCCCUCAGCGUCGUCUGACUUUCGUUGACAUUUGCGGUACACAAUUGACAAAUGACAUUUUGAAUUCAGACCUUGGCCAUCCAGGUCUGAGGAAAUGUAAACUCUCGCUCUCCGCUACCUCAACCUCGCAUACUGUUGUAGUCGUGAGUGGCAGCUCGAGCUCGAACGUGCAUCCGUGCAGCUGGUGGAGAGCCAGGUGGCAAAAACAAAAGGCGUUCGAUGUCGGCUCCUGCUCCGAGCAAGGCGACUCCAGAUACAGGCAAAGCCAGGAGAAAGGCCAAUGCUAGCUUGCAAAAAGUUGGCCCACGGCACUGCUUUCGGAAUAAAUGCGAUUGGCGUGGAUAUGUUU